UCAGUCAGAUUAGAUGGACAGCGUUUGUGAACAGCAGUUUUCAGAUCUUGCCUGCUCCUCUUCCUGGAGUGAAGCACAGCCUGAUAACCCUCCCUCUUCUUCCUGCUCUUAAACACAGCACCUCCUCUCUGUCCACCUGUUUCCUCGUUCCCUCCCCUUCAGAUCUGCACUUUGAACCUGGGUGUAACUAACAUGUGGUGACAUAUAAGAGCUGACAGGCUCCAUUUAUUGCAGAAACACAUGUUGUUGAGAUCAGAGUUCAGACUAGUUUCCGUUAUAAGGAAGAGAAACUCACACAGUCACUGACACUGAGAGGAGAAAUGGCACAGAAAGGAGUUCAGCUGGACCGAGAAACCUUCUCUUGUUCCAUCUGUUUGGAUCUACUGAAGGAUCCGGUGACUACAGCCUGUGGACACAGCUACUGCAUGAACUGUAUUAAAUGUUUCUGGGAUGAAGAGGACAGGAAGGGAAUCCACAGCUGCCCUCAGUGCAGGAAGACUUUCACACCGAGGCCUGUCCUGGAGAAAAACAUCAUGUUAGCAGCUUUAGUGGAGCAGCUGAAGAAGACUGGACUCCAAGCUGCUCCAGCUGAUCACUGCUAUGCUAAACCUGAAGAUUUGGCCUGUGAUGUCUGCACUGGGAGGAAGCGGAAAGCCAUCAAGUCCUGUUUAUCUUGUCCAGCCUCUUACUGUGAGAAACACCUCCAACCUCACUAUGAUGCAGCUCCAUUAAAGAAACACAAGCUGGUGGCCCCCUCCAAGAAGCUCCAGGAGAACAUCUGCUCUCGUCAUGAUGAGGUGAUGAAGAUUUUCUGUCGUACUGAUCAGCAGAGUAUCUGUUAUCUCUGCACGAUGGAUGAACAUAAAGGCCAUGAAACAGUCCCAGCUGCAGCAGAAAGGACUGAGAAGCAGAAGGAGCUCGAGGUGAGACGACUAAACAUCCAGCAGAGAAUCCAGGAGCGAGAGAAAGAUGUGAAGCUGCUUCAACAGGAGGUGGAGGCCAUCAAUGGCUCUGCUGAUAAAGCAGUGGAGGACAGUGAGAAGAUGUUCACUGAGCUGAUCCGUCUCAUCCAGAAAAGAAGCUCUGAUGUGAAGCAGCAGGUCAGAUCCCAGCAGGAAACUGAAGUGAGUCGAGUCAAAGAGCUUCAGGAGAAGCUGGAGCAGGAGAUCGCUGAGCUGAAGAGGAAAGACGGCGAGCUGGAGCAGCUCUCACACACAGAGGAUCACAACCAGUUUCUACACAACUACCCCUCACUGUCAGCACUCAGUGAGUCUACACACUCAUCCAGCAUCAAUAUUCGUCCUCUGAGCUACUUUGAGGAUGUGACAGCAGCUGUGUCAGAGACCAGAGAUAAACUACAGGACAUUCUGAGAGAGGAAUGGACAAACAUCUCACUGACAGUCACUGAAGUGGAUGUUUUACUGUCACCACCAGAGCCAAAGACCAGAGCUGGAUUCUUAAAAUAUUCACAUGAAAUCACACUGGAUCCAAACACAGCACACAGACAUCUGUUAUUAUCUGAGGGGAACAGAAAAGUAUCAUUAAUAAAACAACAACAGUCUUAUUCUGAUCAUCCAGACAGAUUCACUGGACGGCUUCAGGUCCUGAGUAGAGAGAGUCUGGCUGGACGUUGUUACUGGGAGGUGGAGUGGAGAGCUGGAGCAGUUCGUGUAGCAGUCGCAUACAAGAAUAUCAGCAGAGCAGGGAGUAUCAAUGAAUGUGGAUUUGGAAACAAUAACAAAUCUUGGGCAUUAUAUUGUGACAUAAACAGUUAUAAAUUUUGGCACAACAAUGUCCACAUUGACCUCUCAGGUCCUCGGUCCUCCAGAGUAGGAGUGUACCUGGAUCACAGAGCAGGUAUUCUGUCUUUCUACAGCGUCUCUGAAACCAUGACUCUCCUCCACAGAGUCCAGACCACAUUCACUCAGCCGCUCUAUGCUGGACUUUGGCUUGGGUUGUAUAAUGGAGACACUGCAGAGUUGAUUAAAUUCAAAUAGAGAAGACAGGUUCAUGUUGAUCCCUGACCAUUAUAUGUACUUGUGUAGUUUCUAAAUGAGGCUUUACAUUUUAGAAGCUGAGAAGUUCAGUGGUCCAUUGAUGUGUGAAAAUAAUAUUGCACUGAUUCAAACUGUACUUAUUUAAAUUUUAUAUAUAAUACAUAUGUGUAUAGAUAUAUCUAUAUCUAUUUAUAUUUAAAGCUGGUUCCAGUUUGAAAUGUGAAGAUUGUUGAUUUUCUUGAUCAUAUAUGAUCGUAAACUUAAUGUCUUUGAGGUUUGAACCUUUAGAAUGUAACAAAAUUAAAUACUUAAUGUUUGACAUUUAAUGUAAUUUUUCAUAUGAAAUGUUUGAUCACACUCUAUCAUUUAUACAUGUGUGUGUGUGUGUGUAUAUAUAGACAAUAAAUGAUACAGGCCUGUAUAUUGUGGAGGAUAAAUAUGUUUCUUUGCCCUGAGCUGUGUCGGGCAGGCAGAGCAUCUCCACAAAUCUGAUGCUUCUGAUUUGGAGAAAAUGAGCUGAGGGAGACACCUGGUGGACAAACACAGACAUGACAGGAAGAAAGACUAAAGUGCAGAGUGGAGACAAACAGCUGGAAAUACUUGUUGGAAAGGAUUGUCAUGCUUCAGAAAAACACACAGCACACACUCUAACAGCCCUUUAUUUGCAUUGAAGGAGACACGUGAAGAAACCAAAUCACACAAUAAUGAAGUGAACACAUUUAUAGCCAGUGUUCAAGAUGAUGGAUAGAAAUGAAAAUCAUGGAGCAUUUAUGCAAUUUUACGUCUGUCACAUAAACUGUUCAGCUAUUCUCUGUUUAUUAGUCUAUUUAUCAGGAACCUCUGAUUUCAUACGUAAAGGAUUUUUCUUCUAUCGCUGAACCUUUUAAGGGUUUUCUCAUAGUAGUUUUGGGGAGUUUUUAAUUACAUUUACAGCUUCAGAAUAACUUUGUGAUGUCAGAUUAGAAAGUCUGUGUCCAACCCUGGUGUUUGAUCAGAUGUUUGAUCCCUGCAGGGUUGGAUUUUUUUAUAUGAAUGUUGAAUUUGUUGUAUUGGUAUUUUUACUGAUGAAUGAUUCAUUGUAAAAAGUGGAUCUACCAACUGUUUAUUUCUUUGUUAUUAUGAUUAAAAUGUCAAACAAAUAUAUUUUCCACUUUUUGUGUGACAGAUGCAGGAAUUUCUCUGUCCUGCAUGUGGAGAAAUCUGCUGUUAAAUCAGAACAUUAACAGGUUUCAGGUUGUGUUCAAACACAUAUUACUGUGUAUCAUGUGUCAGCAGGCAUGUGUUAACAGGGA